GAGCAGGCACUUUCUCUGGACUCUGCAGGCAGAAUGACGGGUCCUCCCCCACCUGCUCUCCUUCUGGUCCUCUUCUUCGUCUGGCCCUCCCUGGGCUCCCCGCUGUAUGUGGUGGUGGCUCCCAACAUCCUGCGUGUGGGCAGUGAGGAGAGUGUGUUCCUGGAGGCACGUGACGCUGCAGGGUCUGUAAAGGUGACAGUCACUGUGACGGACUUUCCUGGCAAUCGGGAGGAACUCUACAGUGGAGAAGUUAGGUUAGACAGCAGCACAUUUUUCCAAGCGCUCCACAAAAUAAAGAUCAAAAGGGCUGAUCUUGAGAGAGACCCUAAGUCUAACCAGUACGUGAACUUAAAAGUGAAGUUUGUAGACUCAGCAAAUAAAGAACAUGAUAUGGAGACAGUGUUGCUGGUGUCCUUUCACUCUGGAUUUAUUUACCUGCAGACGGACAAACCCAUUUAUAACCCCGGGGAACACGUCAAAUACAGAGUGUUUCUCACAAACACAGCAGGCAGGUCUGCCACCGACGUGGUGACUGUUCAGAUCAAGAACACACAGGGGAUCAUUAUAGAACAGCUAACAAGUAAAACUGUGGACAAUGGAAUCUUCAGCAGCAGUUACCCCCUGCCAGAGGUCAUCAAAGAAGGUUCAUGGACUCUGGAGGCAAAGCUGCAGAACCAUGAAGACAUUCUUGCUUCCUCUGAAUUUGAGGUGAAAAAACAUGUACUGCCAACAUUUGAAGUGACUCUAAAACCAAGCAAGAAGUAUUUUCAUGUGGAUGAUGGAGAGUUCAGUGUGGAUAUUCAGGCCAGAUACUUGUUUGGUGUUGAUGUAGAGGGCUCUGCCUACGUUGUGUUUGGACACAUUGACAGUGAGGGUAGAAGAACCAGCUUCCCGGCUUCUCUGCAGAGGGUCGUCCUGCAGUCAGGAACAACCAAGGCCACCCUGCUGCGAGACCAAAUUACUGCUGUUAAGAACAUUAACAGUAUUGUGGGUGAUUCCAUCUAUGUGAGAGCCACAGUCUUCACCAUCACAGGCAGCGACAUUGUGUCAGCAGAGCUCACAAACAUCAAAGUGGCCAAGUCUCCCUACAGAAUCGAGUUCACCAAGUCCUCCAGAUACUUCAAGCCUGGCCUGCCAUUUGGGCUGUAUGUGUACCUGACCCAUACAGACGGCUCCCCAGCUGCUGGGGUCACAGUGAAGGCGGUGGAUCAAAGCGCAAAUACGGACAGCCAUGGAAUGGCCAUUCUCAGCGUCAACACAGGAGACAAUGAGAGUGUGAAGACUGUCACAGUGACGACAAGUGACACCAAUCUGCCUGAAAAUCACCAGGCCAGCGGAAAGAUAACCCUCUCAGCCUAUCAGACGGCAAGCGUCAAAGAAUAUCUGCAUCUCAGUGUGAGCGAUACUAUGGUGUCCUUCUCGGAGAAAGAAGGAGAGUCUCUCAAAUCUGAGGGGAAACUGCUCCCCAUUUCCAUCAACUUCUACAACAAGGAUGCUGGGCAGAAUCUCCCAACUGAUUCCAUUUCCUUCAUGGUGGUGAGCAGGGGUCAGAUCAUCCAGAAGGGGAAGUGGCCGGUGACAGCGGGACAGAAAGUCAUGAAACAGUCCCUGAAGGUCACUCCUGAAAUGCUCCCUUCUUUCCGUCUGGUGGCCUAUUACUCCGUGCCGCAGCGCGGUCAGGAGAUCGUGUCAGACUCGCUGUGGGUCGAUGUGGAGGAUGUCUGCAUGGGCACGCUCCAGCUGUCCAUUCCGAAAAAGAGGAAUGAGUACAGGCCUGCGGGCUCAUUCCGGCUGCAUGUGAAAGGAGACCCAGGCGCCAGGGUGGGGCUGGUGGCUGUGGACAAGGCUGUGUAUGCACUGAGCAAUAAGGGCAGGCUCACUCAGUCCAAGAUCUGGGACGCUGUGGAGGACGAGGACAUGGGGUGCACGCGGGGAGGGGGGCGAAACAACAUGGGCAUCUUUACAGAUGCAGGACUGCUUUUCCUCUCCAGCUCGGGGACCAAGACCCCGCCCAGACAGAAUCAUGUCUGUCCCACUGAGAGCCUACAAAGACGAAAACGUGCGGUGACUUUAGCAGAAAUUAAGUCUCAGCUGGAGAGCAAGUACCAUGAUGCUCUGCUGAAGAAGUGUUGCCGUGACGGCAUGACGGACUUCCCCCUGGACUACACCUGCGAGAAGCGGUCGCUGUACAUCACAGAGAGGGCAGAGUGUGUGCAAGCCUUCCUUCAGUGCUGCCAGACUGUCCUAAAGGAGAGACAACGCUACACCACCAAAGAGCUGAUCUGGUCCCGCAAUACUGAAAGCAGUUUUGAAGAGAGGAUCACAGUGCGUUUCCGGUUCGAUGCCAGCUGGAUGUGGGUCACAAAGGAACUGACUGAAAUAGGGGAUGAUGGCCUUGGUAUCCAUGAGGAACUUGUUGCACUAAAGGACUCCAUCACUACAUGGCAGUUCCUGGCCAUCAGUGCAUCUACCAAAACAGGAGUGUGUGUGGCCGAACCCUUGGAAGUCGUAGCGAAGAAACACUUCUUUGUGGACCUACGUUUGCCUUACUCUGUUGUCCACAAAGAGCAAGUGGAAAUCAAAGCAGUCGUGCAUAACUUCUACUCCUUUGACGAUCCACUUUUGGUAACAGUGGACCUGCUGGCAACUGAGGGUAUUUGCAGCCUGGCCAGUGAGAAGGGGAAGUACAGACAGGAAGUGGCUGUGGACGCACAGUCCAGCAGGGUGGUGCAUUACACCAUCAUUCCCAUGAAAGUGGGAAAGUAUGAAAUCACAGUGAAAGCCUUCAACAUGGAUGAGCAGCUCGGAGACGGCGUGAAGAAAACUCUGCUUGUUGUGCCCCAAGGAGAAGUGAGAAACAAGACCACUGUGAAGGUUUUGGCACCAAAUUUCAAAAGUGGGAAGCAGGAGGAGUUUUUCCUUCUGCCACCUCCUGAGUUCCGGGUUCCAGGCACCGAGACAAAAACCAUCAUCACUGUGCUUGGGGACGUGCUGACAGACACGGUGCAGAACUCUCUCUCGGGCUCGGUUCUGAGUGGACUCCUUCGCAUGCCUGGUGGGUGUGUGGAGCAGAACCUGGCCUCCAUGACAUCCCCUCUUAUUGCCACACGCUACCUGGACAGUGCCAACGCCUGGGAGAGCGUGGGGGUACAGAGGAGGCAGGAGGCUCUGGGAUAUAUCCAAGCAGGCUAUGUCAGACAGCUGCAGUAUCGUAAGAAUGAUGAUUCAUACCCUCCCUAUAACAACGAAAAAUCCAGCACAUGGGUGACAGCGUACACGGCCAAGGUGUUUGCGCUGGCCUCCCUGUAUGGGGGAGUGCAGGAGGAUCGCGUGUGUCUCCCGCUGAAAUACCUGGUGCGGAACCGACAGGCGCCUGAUGGCCGCUUUGAAGAAGAUGCUCCAGUUUAUGAUAAAAGUCUAAUGGGUGGCGUGAAAGAUGGAGAACAUCCAGCUCUCACCGCGUUCGUUCUGAUCUCCAUGGCAGAAGCAAAGCAUAUCUGUCGAAGCAGGGUCCCUGAGUUGGCCAGCAGCAUGCAGCGUGCCUCCCAGUACCUGAGCGGUCGCCUCUCCAGCCUGUCCAGCCCCUACUCAGUGGCCAUUUCCUCCUACGCCCUGGCCCUGCUGGACCAAACGUCGAGCACACUGCUCAGCCAGUUAAAGAGAGUUUCUGCAUCAGAUGGCUCUCACUGGGGUGGGUAUGAUGCAGUCGGUGUUGAGGCUACAGGAUACGCGCUGCUCACUCUGCUGAAGCUGGGACAGCUGGACCAGGCGGCUCCUGUGAGUCACUGGCUGAUGGAGAGAGUUGGUGCGAAUGGCGGCUACGGGUCCACACAGUGCACCAUGGUGGUUUUCCAAGCCCUGGCUGAGUACCAGCUGAAGCAGCCCCCCUCAGCAGACCGGAGGCUAACCGUGAAGCUCUCUGCUGCCGGCAGGGGGAGCAUGAUCCCUUGGACAUUCGAUAAAAGCAACUGGGCUGUGGCUCGAUCUGAAAAGUUCACAGAGCUUCGCAAUUUCAGUAUGGUGGCAGAGGGCAGUGGGACGGGAAAGAUAGUGGUUGAGACUGUCUACUAUGCCAUCCUGAGCCCUCAGGAGAAGGGAAUAUGUCAGGGCUAUGAUCUGGACCUAGACAUCAAAGAGACCCUUUCCAUCCACCGCCAAGGAGAUGACUCAUGUCAAGGCCAGGCCUACACACUGACCAUCUGUCUGAGGCCUCACACAGAGACUCCAGACACGAUGACGAUUCUGGACGUUUCCCUGCCCACUGGUUUCGUUCCUUCUCUGAGCAAACUGGAAGAGAACCAAAAUCGAGUGGACAAGCUGUUUGACCACUAUAGCAUCGACAAAGAGCUGUCAAACAAAGGAUCUCUGAUCAUCCACCUCUACAGGGUUCCUAAGGAAAAACGGUGCAUUCCUGUGAUUCUGUGCAAAGAGUUCGAAGUGGGUCUGCUCCAGCCAUCAGCCGUCAGGGUCUACGCCUAUUACAACACAGAGAAAUCCUGCACCAGAUUUUACCACCCUGCAGGAAACAGCACUGAGCUGGGCACCAUCUGCACCGGAGCAGUCUGCAAGUGCGCUGAACAGAGCUGUCCAUCCCUUACAGAAAAAGUGGGAGAACGAAUAGAGAAGGCCUGCGAAACUACCACUCACGUUUAUAAGAUGACAGUGGCUGAUGUCCAGAAAAGUUCACUGGUGGAUAAAUACAUCAUGGAGAUCAAACAGGUGAUAAAGCUAGGGCAGGACCCAGUGGUUCGGGGGCAGAAGAGGGAGUUUGUCUCUCACAUCAGCUGCAGGAACUCCUUAGGACUGAAGCAGGGGCAGAACCUGCUGAUCAUUGGCCAGCCCAGAGACCUGCUGCAGGCAGCCGAUGGAGGGUUCUGGUAUUUCCUGUCCUCUGGGACGUGGCUGGAGAAAAUUCCCAGCGAGGCAGAAUGUCAGGGUGCCCAGCAGAAGACCUGCGCAGACAUCGAGGACUUCAUUUAUGAGUUCCAGGUGUUCGGCUGUCCCAGCUGACCUCUGCUCCAGCGUGUGGCUUUGUCCCAUAAUCCCACCUCCUGCCCCUGUGUUAGCCAAUCAUGCCAGCCCAGUGUUUGCAGACCCUGCUGGUCUCUGCUAGAGUGGCGACUCAGGAACCAAUCAGAUGUCAGCAUAAGGAGGUCGGCAGCAGUCAGCACUAUGGAUUAUGGAUGUCUAAAC